AUGAUCGCAUCAACGUUCAAGCUGGUCUUGCUCGCCGCUACCUUCGUUUCGCCAUUCGUGCUGGCCCAGAACGAGACCGAAGGCAAUAUCCCUGCAUGCGUAUCCACUUGCAUAAGCAGCGCGGCUUCGAUUGCCGGAUGUAACCCGACGGACACGGAGUGCCUAUGCUCGCAAUCCCAGUUCGCCUACGCCGUAGGCAACUGCAUCGGAGUCUCGUGCUCUGUCGCCAACAUCAACACCGGGCGCACGGCUGUCUUGGACCUUUGCGGUCUCGAGGCCGAUGAGCCCGCAGAAGGCGGCGAGGGAGAGGGAUCAACGAACACGACUACCACUGCCCGGAACUCCACCUCGUCUGGUGUCAGCGGCUCGUCCAAUUCCACGGCUUCUGGUGCAGUUGCCCUCCCCUCCGUCGUUCGGGCAACAGGAACUGGCGGCGUCUCGUGGAGGACACUCUUCCCCACGUCCACCUCAACCUCAACGUCGUCCACUUCCUCAAGCUCAGCUGUGUCCGCGAGUGGCGCCGUUGCCAACGUAGCGGCCCCUCCCAGCAGCUCCGCCACCAGCCCCGCCUCUUCGAUCUCCGCUUCAGGCUCCGCCGCCAGCGCGACCUCGACCUCGGCUCAGUCCGGCGGUGCCAGCACCAAUCUUCCCACCCGUUGGUUGAUGGGCGGUGCUGGUCUUGCCGCCAUCGUGCUUCUCGGCGCGUAA